CAGCAAAGCAGGCAGGCAGGCAGGCAGGCGAGUGAGAGUGUGUGUUUGUGUGGACCUCCUCCAUCCCAGACCCUUCAUAAGAUCCACGCUGCCAGUGGAGUUUCAACUCUGACACUUUUGACGCUUUUCCCCCCACCUAUUCUUUUGUUUACAGUGUUUGGAUUUGGGAUUUUUAAGCAGGUUGAAGAUAUGCUCCGGUGCACAGUCGUGCUUCUUUUGCUGGUGGUGGCCUUAUAUGUCCUGAGUACCGAAGCCUACAAGUGCCGGUGCACCAGAAAAGGACCAAAGAUCCGUUACAAGGAUGUGCAGAAGCUGGAGCUCAAACCCAAACACCCCUACUGUCAAGAAAAGAUGAUAUUCGUGACGAUGGAGAACGUGGCUCGCUUCAAGGGCCAGGAGUACUGUCUUCACCCUAAACUGCAGAGCACCAAGAAUCUGGUCAGAUGGUUCUACAUCUGGAAAGACAAGCACAGGGUAUAUGAAGCCUAACACAUUGACAACUUUUCAUCACAAGAAGAAGAAAACGUUUUUUAAGUCUAAAUAAAAGAAAGCAACCACCACCGGAACUGUUUAAGAUGUCGCAAAUUUUUGCAGUACAUCAUUCUCUUAUUCUGUGGAAGCCAUCAAGAGUUAAACUUAACAAUACGUAAUUACAUUACUCUUGAAUGUUUUUGUUUUGUUUUCGCCACACAAAUAUACCUGCACAUAUGUAUGUACAACAUUCAUUACUCUUAUUUUGUAUGCAUUCCAAUUUCUAGUCCAUUUUGUAAACAUUGAUGUCUAUUAGCAUCUUUAUAGUAAUGUGUGUAAAGUGGCAGCAUUAUAGUUGUCUUGAUAUGUGAUUUGAAUGUUUUUUCGGCCUUGGUGGAUUGACCAAUGCACCAUUCAACGUUCGAUUGUGUGUAUACAAAAUAAUAAGCGCCGCAAUAAAAUGUCCAUAAAGAGCAAA